AUGGGCUUAAUGCAUCCGCCCCUGAAAUUCAAUGUCUCUAAAACUGAACUUUUUGCUUGUGGUGUGGAUGCAUGGAAGCUCAAUAAUAUCCUGGCUGUCACUGGUUUUCGAUUAGGGUCUUUUCCUGUUAGAUACCUUAGGGUGCCUUUAGUUACAAGGAAUCUAAUGGUUAGGGAUUGUUCGACCCUUUUAGAGAAGAUCAAAACUAAACUUCGACUUAGGUCUAAUAGAAACCUCAGCUAUGGUGGUCGACUGCAGCUUAUUAAAGUUGUCCUUUUCAACAUUUUCAAUUAUUGGAGUAGACAACUUGUUUUGCCUAAAGUUUUGACUCUGAAGGUUGAGCAUUUAUACAUGCGUUUUUCUGGAAAGGUGAAGAUGUUGCUGCGAAUGCUGAUAAGGGGGUUUCUAUGUGUUGCUUGGGUCAAGGAGUACGUGUUGAAAGGUUUGGACUUCUGGCAGGUUGUUUGCAAAUCCCACUUCAACUGGAUCCUUAGGAAACUGUUGAAGCUGUGGGCGAUUGUUGAGAGAUUGUUUGCUAUUGGUACUAAUUGGGCUUUGGUGAAUAGCAGCUGGGUUUGGGAUAAUGUGAGGGAAAGGAGGGCCAAGGUGCAGUGGCAUAAUCUUAUAUGGUUCCCCUCUCAUAUUCCAAAGCAUGCAAUCAUUGCUUGGAUAACUAUUUUGGAUAGGUUUCCUACUAAAUAUAGGCCGUCUCGGAUGGAGGUUAUUACGGAUGGCAGAUGUAGUUUAUGUGAAGUUGCUAAGGAGUCUAGAGAUCACUUGUUCUCGGACUCUCGAAGCAUUUAG